AUGUCACCAUAUCGUUUGGUCUUUGGAAAAGCUUGUCACUUGCACGUGGAGUUAGAACAUAGGGCAUAUUGUGCCACCGAGAAGCUAAAUAUGGAUCUCCAAGCUGCUGGAGAAGCUCAAAAGUUGCAAUUGAAUGAGCUUGAGGAGAUGAGAUUAUUCUCCAAUGAAAAUGCUAAGCUUUAUAAGGAGAAAACCAAUAGGAAGUUGAAGUCCUGGUGGUCAGGCUCAUUCACUGUGGAUAAAGUUUGUCCCUUCAAAGCUGUUGAUGUGCGAGAAGAUCAGUCUGGUAUGGAGUUUAAAGUGAAUGGGCAAAGAAUGAAGCACUAUUGGGGAGGAGAGGUCAACCGCGAGAAGACCUCCAUCACCUUGGAAGAGCCUUGA